UUAAAAGCUUAUGCAGAGAGUUUUGCUAUUUUGUGUGGUAACUGGUGAGAGUUCAAAAUCCAAUCUUUUUCUCUCUUUCUCUUAAAAUGCUUCUACUAUCUCCGAUCUCUGCCUCUCUUCCACCGUCGUUUCACCGGAGAAAUUUGAUCCGGCGAUCAAUUAAGCCGUUAGGUAAGGUCGUAGCAAAGGCCAAGGAAAAUACCAACACUGGCGGAGUUCUGGAGACGGCAGCUAUAGUCGGUGGUUUAGUUUCGACACCGGUUAUCGGAUGGUCCCUCUACACUCUCAAGACCACAGGUUGUGGCUUACCUCCAGGACCGGCCGGUUCAAUCGGAGCGUUGGAAGGUGUGAGCUACUUGGUGGUGGUUGGCAUCGUGGGCUGGUCUCUGUAUACCAAGACAAAAACCGGGUCGGGUCUGCCAAAUGGGCCGUUUGGUUUGUUGGGUGCGGUAGAGGGCUUGUCGUAUCUGUCGGUUCUAGCCAUUCUUGUGGUGUUCGGUCUUCAGUUCUUGGAUAAUGGGUCGGUUCCUGGUCCACUUCCUAGUGACCAGUGUUUUGGUUAACCACGUGUAAUGUCGUAUAAAUAAAGUACAAAUUAAUAAUUGCUUUCAUU